AUGAGUUUAAAUAUGAAUAACUCAAUUCUAAAUGGCAAGAGUAUUGGAGAGAUUGUUUGUAAUAAUCCUAAUAAGGAUUUUGAAAUUCUAAAUGAUUUUAGUAUUGGAGACAGCUUUGAAAGCCUUGAUCAACCAACCAUGUUCUCUUUAUCAUCUGUAUAUAGUUUAAAUAAUAUAGAUAAUAAAGUAUAUGAUAAUUUAUAUAAUCUUCAAUUUGAUAAUAUGGCUAUAGAUGUAGCUAAAGCAUAUGCUGAUUCAAUAUUACAAAUAAUACAUGAACAAUAUAAUGAAGAUGAUAAAAAUUAG